AUGUUCACUACCACUCUCGUGCUAUUUAGAAGUCCAGACGUAUUAGAACCACGAUCAUCUCCACAUAAAAUGCAAGCUCAGUUGACGACAUGCGCCUCGCUGUUGGAAUCGCCUUUGCUUCAAUUUGAACAAGGGCUAGAAGAUGUUGAAGCAACCUAUGGAGAUUCACUAACUCUUACGUGUAGUAUUUAUGGGGCACCACAGGCUGCUAUUACAUGGUUGCACCGAGGACGAGUUGUUGCCACGCAUUUAGCGCCUACGGUAGAAUCUGCGCUGCACACUACACGUAUCGCAAGCGGCCUGAUUGAGACUAGAUACACAAUUCCUUGCGUGAAUCGCAAAACUCUUGGCGAAUACACGUGUCAAGCGUCCUCACCAUGUGGUGAAGUGAUCUCUUCGAGUGCUGUGGUCGGUUUAUCAAAUACGGCUCGAGGUAUGCACUUUAAGCACUUAAACAAAGCUAAUUUAAUGUUGCUCACAAAAAUUCGAAAACCUAAGUUCACUGUUCCAUUCACCAUUAACGUGACCAGCUAAGU